CUGAUGUUUACUGUGUGCAGAGAUCUAUAGAUAGUGAACCUACCUACGUAUACACAUGAUAGAGGCCUGCCGCCCUGUCAAGUGUCGUGGGGUCAAGAGAGGCCGACGCCCAGGGUGGUCCGGAUCAAUGAACACUCCAGGUACGGAGUCGUCUUUCAGGACCUAUUCAGCCCUCGGCUCCGCGGCCAGUGACCAAUCCAGGGCAAUCUCCGCAGAAGCAUGCUCCCAGGAUUCCCCAGAAAGGAGGUUGGGGAGAAUAGGAGAGUAAAGGCUUCAAAAGUGAAUUCCCACCACGUUGCCAGUGCCAUAA